UCCUUCCGUGAAAUUAUUUAAUCAUGCAUAACAUAUUUGCAACGUUAUGUGAAAUCAGCUUAGUUGACAAAAUGGCUGUGUCUCAAGUCCCGUUUCAGAUAUUCCAACCUCAAGAUUUAGAGAUUGGACAACACUGUAGUACCAAACCCAUUGUGUUCCAAGCGAGGAUGAAAAGUACCGGAGAUACAGUGGCAGUGAAGAAUGUCCCAAACUCAGACCUACGACAACAGGAGCUGGAGAUUUUGAAACGCUUACAGCAUGAUCACGUCGUUCGACUGCUCGGAACCAUCGAGUGUGGAGGAGUAGUGCCGACAGAGUUGGUGCUAGAAUACACAUCAAACGGAAACUUGUAUGAAUAUUUGAAUACAGUCACAGAAUUUCUACCACAUUACCUAACUUGGUGCAAACAAGCAGUGUGUGCUGUUGCGUUCAUUCAUGAGCAAAAUAUCUCACAUGGUGACAUCAAAUCAAAAAGUUAUUUAGUUUUUGGCGAUUCAAUUAAGCUUACCGAUUUCGGAUUGUCGAAAAUAAAAGGCGAUUUUACCAACCUAACACAAAAUCUUGGAGGUACAAUUCUUUGGAUGUCGCCAGAAGUCAUGGACGAAGUGGACAACGUAGAUCACUUUAAAUCCGACAUAUAUUCGUUGGGAAUAGUCUUAUGGGAGCUGUACCACCGAAAGAAACCUUAUAAUAAAUGGAAAUUGAAAGAUAUAAUAAAGCACGUGGUUGUGAAUAAGUGUCAUCUAGAAAUUGAUGAUGAAUGUGACAUUCGCGAGCUGUUGCUAAGAAGCUGGGAGAAUGAGCCAACCCAAAGGCCAACAGCAGAGGAGAUCUUGACGACACUUAACAGCGACCAGUGUGCCUCGAUUAUCAGAAAAAAUAAAAAACCAAGGCCAAUAGGGCAAAGAGCAUCAAGUCAGGUGUUCUAUGGGUAUUGGCUGAUACCAGCCUUUGUGAUUGUUCUGUUGGGAUUUGUCAUUAACUCAUUCGUUCCUAUUUCCAGUAUCGAUAUAAUUAAUCCUUCGAUACCAGACGUCCAACCGCCUACACCAGAACCACCUACACCACCGGCUACACAACCAAACACGACCACACCACCCAUUAGAGAUUGGCAAAAAGAGGGUCUCAGACAGAUGAAAAUUCAAAACAAAAAAGGAAACAAGCGUGGAACGGUAUGA